AUGGCGGGGAAGUUGGAGUCCUUGCGCGGGGAGUCGCCACCAGCCGCCGAGGACGCUGAAAGCGGGCAGGCCAAGUCUUCAAAGAAUACGGAAGAGUUGCUGGCUAUGGUGACAAAGCUGCAGAAAGAGGGAAGCCUGGAGCCACAGAUCGAGGACCUGAUUAACCGGAUUAAUGAGCUUCAGCAAGAGAAGAAGAAAUCUAGCGAAGAACUGGGAGAGACCCGUGCUCUCUGGGAGGCCCUGCAUAGGGAAUUAGACUCGUUGAAUGAAGAGAAAGUUCACCUAGAGGAAGUCUUGAGCAAAAAGAAAGAGGCACUGAGGAUCCUCCAGUUGCAAGAGAAGAAAAGUGAGGCUCAGAGGUUGAAUGUUGAAGAAGAUCUGGAGGAUGUGAUGGGCCAGCACAAGGACCUCUGGGAAUUCCACAUGCUGCAGCAGCGACUGGCCCGGGAGAUCCGAGCCCUGGAGAGGAGCAAGGAGCAGCUGCAGGCAGAGAGGAAGCUGGUGGGCACCAAGCUGCAGGUGGUGGAGCGGAAGCUGCGCUCACCGCCCCAGGUCGAGGGCUCCGGGGCAGUGAACGAGGGGCUGAAGGCUGAACUAGGGAAAUUCGGGGAGCAGGUCUGCAGUGCCCCAGAGGCCCGGGCUGGCAGAGGAGAGGCAGAGCCUGAGCUCCCAGGAGCCCGCGAGGAGGAGAACCUGCAGCCGCCAUCGGCUGACCCUGACACCUGCUAGGCCUGUAGGACCCGCCGCCUCUCAGCCUUCCCUCAAAUUCUG